GCGAAUUGCGCGAUGGACCGCGUCCCGCUGCCGCUGACGCCGCUGGUGGACGCGACUGCGCCGUCGAUCCCGUGGCUUUCAGAGGACGAAUACGACAUGUUUUCCAUGUACAAGCAAACCAGUAGUGCCGUCGCCACCGAUGCAACGAAGAAGCGCAAAGCAGCAGAACUUGCUGACACGUCCACGGCUAUUGAUGAUACAAACCUGGAGCCCGCACCUUCCUCGAUAUCCUGCUGGGACGACGUCUUGCACGCCAAGAAGAGCACGCUUGCAGCAGAAGACCACAGCGUGUAUUUGGAACUGAAGCAGCGCAAAUUAACUGCGCAAAAGAUGGGCAUGCCCGCGAUCUUGGCCCUGUCUGAAGCCGAGCAAAACACUUUCGCUCGCAUUGACGCACUUGUGGCGCAGGAGCAGCGGGACUUCCAAAAGCAGUUUGAGCGCGUGGCCAAGCGAGAGCUGGUCGUGCUCAUGACUCUGCCUGAGGCUGUGGACAAGAAAGUCCACGACGAACUCCGCUCGCGAUGCGACUUUGCCAAAGCAACGUACCCGCAGCAAUACAUUGCCUCGAGCCGCCUUCAGUUUCAAGAAGCAAAGUACGACGUAGCCGCUCCGAAACACGCCUUUAAGGCACUCGUCGUACCCGGCGAUGGUUCCCAUGCGAUUCAGCCAUUGCCGCCACCAGGUUCCAUGACGGUCAUUCCAGAUGCCGUCGUCGACUCGGUCCUGUCCUCGCGGUGGCUUCCCGGUCCAGUCGUAUCGUCGGACGCGGCAGUCCGAACGCUCAUGCUCAAGCACAAGUGCAAAAUCGCACUGACCACGUCGACAUUGGCGACGCUGUUUGACAAUCAUGACGGGCGCUUUUACCAGCCAUUCAAGAUUCCCGUGACUGUGGCCGACAACGGAGAAGUACUCAUGGACAAGCCGCUGGUACAAGCAAAGUGGAGCGGGCGAGCGAUGAGUACCAAGUUUUGUCGCCGCCUGUUGAUCCGCUGGCUUGAACCAAGACCGGUGGACCACACGCCCAAGGUUGACAACGUUGAGACAUCCCUGUCGCCAUCGAAGUCCACAACAUAUCACGUGUGGGAUUUCGCAGGGACAUCGGUGUUGGUUCGCUCGUCGAUCCAUGGCUCCACGGAAUCGCCCGUGACCAUCCACGCCAAGAUGGAUUAUCAGUGGAAUCUCCUGCCGGAGCACGUCACUGAGCGCGACCGUGCACGCAUUUGGCUGCAUGCUUGGAUGCGAGGGAAUGCCAGCAUUGCAUUUGGCCACUUUCAUGGCACGGGCCCUCGUGUGACCGUGUCCAAGGAAUCGGUGGCGUCCGUGGUAUCGGUCGACGAAAACCCAUUUACCAAGUUUCAACUUGUGCAUGAGAUUUUUCACCACGUCACGGAGCUUCCGACGGGGCAAUACAUCCUUGAUCACACGCCCGCUCGAACUGGCGGUGGUGCUGUGACGGUGUACGCUGCUGCUGUCGGCGACGUCAGCGACUCGUCGGGCGAUGUACCGAGUGCUCCCGCAGCUUCUAUCAGCAGUGCCAUGAUGGAUCUACAUGCGUUUCUCGAUGAGGCCGGGCGUUGGGAUCGCACAGACUUGGCUUGCGUGAUGCCGCAGUGGACCAUGCCGCAGCAGAUCCCGUACACGUUCCUUAUCCCGACGUACUGUUCCAGCUAUUACGCAUCGGGUGGUCGGUGCGAUCGAAUUCACGGACGACACAAACCGUGUGGCGACGUCCACUUGCGGGUUGGAAAGCAUGCAGGUGUCUUUGUGUGCCAACUAUCCGUCAGUGGCAGCGCCAGCCUCAAGAAAGAGCACACUCGCGUUCCCAUGGCUCCGUUUUGCAAGGGCUUCUUGCAGAGAACUUGCGUCAAGAAAUCGUGCUCCGACCCGCACAUCGACCUGCCAUUGCUCCUCCGACAGGUCGCACAAGAAGUGUUAGUGCAUCCACAACCACCAUCGACCCGCCGUUCCAGCAAAUCCAAGGGCGGGGCGCCGCGCGCAAAGCCAACGGACCCACUCUCCACCACGUCGUGACUGUGAAUGAAUCGUGUGUUUAUUACAGUUUAAACCAAGGUGCACGUUGCUCUAUUGUCUCGUGCCAGGUCGUCACAUAGUAGUCCCUAAGUCCUAUUUCUCGGUGAGCGGCCGGAACCCUUUCC